AUGUGUAUGCAUGUUGCCACUUUUUUGAAGUACAAGCAUAUUGAACACUUCUACUUCAGGAUAAAAUCAAAAAAGAAAUCAUCUUCUACACUCUCAGUUACAGACCUCAUUUCAAAAUUUUCAUACAAGAGGCUCUAUCGGGUGACUGGUGGAUUCUCUCCUGACAAUCUAAUUGGAUCUGAUAGUUUUGGCCCUGUAUAUAGAGGAAUAGGAAUUCUUGAUCAAGAAGAAAUGAUAGUUUCUGUAAAGGUCUUGAACCUUCAACGGAAAGGAGCUUCCAAGAGUUUCAAUGCUGAAUGCAAUGUGUUAAGAAAUAUUUGGCAUAAGAAUCUUAUUAAAACCUUAACUUGUUGCUCCUGCAUGGACGACAAUGGUAAUGAAUUCAAAGCUCUAGUGUUUGAGUUCAAGGCGAAUGGAAGCUUAGAGAAGUGGCGGCAUCCAUAUAUAGACAAUGAAAAUCAAUCAAGAAAUUUGAACCUUCUUCAAAGGCUAAAUAUUGCAAUUGACGUUGCUUCUGCAUUACAUUAUCUUCAAGAACACUGUAAAAGACCAAUCAUUCAUUGUGAUUUAAAGCCAAGCAAUGUUCUUCUUGACAAUGACAUGAUUGUUCACAUUAAUGACCUUGGCUUGGCAAGGCUCCUUUCCUCAACCAAUGAUGUUUCUAAAAAUCAUACUAGAACGUUUGGACUAAAAGGUUCGAUUGGUUACACUGCUCCAAGCAAAUAA